AUGCUCGCGCGGACGGCAGCUGUUCUAGAUACGAUCGACGGCUUUGGCAUUACGCUGGCGCGCGCGGUCUGUCGCGCCCUCACCCUGUCUCUUUUCUUCGGGUUCUCCCCAUCUCCCGAAUCAGUCACAGAUGCGGCAGAGCCUGAGUUUCCCGACCUCGACUGGCUGCCCCUUGACCCUGACCUACUGUUACCCAUCGUCGGCGCUGUAGAACCCGACUUCCUGCUUCCUCAGCCUAGCUUUGCUCGAAGAACGGGCGCGGUGCUGGGCGGAGGGGCAGGAGACUUGGUCUGGAAGGUGGUAUAUGACGAUACUACCCUGGUUGUCAAGGGCGGGCCGGGCAUCACCAAAGCGGAAGCGGAGAUGACGAUAUUUGUGCGGACGCGAACGUCGAUCCCCGUUCCGCAGGUCUAUGGCGUCGUGCACGAGGGCGACUCAACCUACAUCUACUUCGAGUUUGUCGCCGGCGUAUCCUUGACUUUGGCAGUACAACGCUUGAGCGAGCCUGCCGUCUUCUCCGUCUACAAGCAGCUUAGGCAGAUGCUGGACGAGUUACAUGCCAUCGUCGCGCCUCCCGGCACCGUCAUCGGCAGUCUCGACGGGAGCAAUACCUUCGCCUUCACCAUUCGUCAGGGAAACGACUCUCCCCGCGCCUUCGGCGACCUUACCUCGUCCGCCACACUCGCCGACUACUUCAAGGAGACAUAUCUCGCAUUGCCGGACACGACUCAUGAGGCUUGGGCUGCCAUCGAAGCUCAUCUGGGCCGCUCUUCGCCUCUCGUACUCGUCCACGGCGAUCUCUGGCCCUCGAACAUCCUCGUCUCCGUCGACGACCUCGACAACCCCUUUGUUGCUGCCAUCAUCGAUUGGGAGAACGGCGGUUUCUAUUCCGAAUGGGUCGAGUUUCCUCCAGUCGCGCGACGGUCGCUUGGAGGGAGAUGCGACGCUACCGACCGACUGUUGCAGGUCGUCGCGGGAAAGGAAAACGUCGAGUCGUUCAACAAGGAGGACUACCGCUGGGCAACGGACGUAUACGGAGAAUUCUGA